CCGGCCUCUUCCAAACUAACGGAGAGCCAGACCUUAACUCGACGUCGUGCUGUUAGGCAUUGACAAACACAGUUGAUCCGAGCUCCGCCUCUUCCUCCCCCCAUUUCACAAUUUCAGUUCACAAUCUGUAAAUUCUGCUCUUCAUCGGCCUCUUCUCGCCCUAGCUCCUCCGGCCCCAGCAAGCAGCUCCUCUAGCCUCCAAGCGGAAGAUCGUCUCCUUCAAUGGCCUCCGCAAUCCGCAUCAUCGAUCUCGCCACCACCCGUUCCUGCGCCGCCGUGUUGUCCCGUUUCCAUGUCGCUGUGUCGCACGCCACAUGACCACCGUUGCGAAUCGCAAAGCAUUAAGACGGGCGCAAUGCCCAAUUCUUUGUGUCCCGAUCCCGAAUCUCAAAUCUGGGUCCCGCCGGGGAACUCCAUUGCUGCAGAUGGGUGCACUUUCGGCGAUCCUCUCUGCCUCCAUUUCCGACUCCAAACCUCAACCUCUUCUCCACCGGAGUAUCACAACCCGUAAUGAUGCCCCAGGUUUCAUGUUCCAGUUCAAGCAGUCUAGAACUGCAUCUUCUAUUGCAUCCAUCUGACUUCAGUCCAGUGGGAGGCUUGAUAUGAUGAAGGCCUUGAAGCUCUUGCUCUUGCAGGUAAAGUGAAUUUCGACCUUGUUAUGCUGAGUUUAGAAAGAUAAUGUUUUGUGGUUUGCUUCUCUUUCAUUUAUUUGCCCAGGUUGCUAGCAGUAAUUAUCCAAUGAAAUGAAUCUGCAGUCAAAUGAUUGUGAAAUCAUUGUUUAAGAAUGGGGUUAGUGCUCACAAGUCUUCAGUCUAUGAUUUCCAUUCAUUAACUUCGACUGGAAGGGAAGAAACCUAGUCAUUAGCCCAUUGGAUAGAGUUUUUAGAAGUGUUAUAUUUAAUUUUCCUACUUUCCAGCCUAUUGAGUGGUUGGUUUUACGAUUCUAAGUUAUGCUUCUUUGAUUAUGAGUUUCUCGGGUAUUAAGGCUUCAUUAGCACUAUUACAAUUUUGUUUUUCUUGAAAAGCUAUGGCAUAAGAAUUCCUGUGUUUAGAACUUCAUGCCUUAGUAAAAGUAUUUAGAUUGUGCGUGGAUGAUUUUAAGAUUCCAGUUAUGCUAGGAUCAUUUUGACUCUCUCGGAUAUUAAAAAAGUCUUUAUUAGACAGCUUGAUCUUUUUGAUGGAGAGACAAUGCAAACGAAGAGGAAGAGAUGCGAAAUGCAAGGCCAUUGAAUUGUUUUGUGGAGUUUACUAUUCUAGUUUGAUUAAGGUUUAGUUUUGUUUAGGCAUAUAUGUAAAUUGAUUCUAACAGCUUAAUGGGAGUGAUAGUUGGCUCUCGGAUUGUUUUUAACUUUCCUUCUACUUGCGACUCAUCUUUUCCAUCUAAUUGUUUCAUGAGGAAUAUGUGCAGCAGACAGAUCCAGCUGCUGCUCCAUUGUCUUUCUCAGAUGAAGUGAAGGAGAUAAAUAACCUGUAUUUCAGAUCGGUUGCAGGAAACCUUGAAGAAAAAUGAAUAUAAUUGUUUAUGAAUGAAAGGAGCUCCAUAUGUGUCUUCAAUUUUGGGGGUAAUUUUGAGAAGCCCCUAUCCCCCGCCGCACACCAUUGCAAGCUGAUUGACCAUGUGGGAAUAGUGGCUGAGACCAAUUGACAAUAUGGAAAGAGAAACUGCUGUACAUAAUGAAUGAAGAGUCAUGAUAUGAAGCUGCAAAGGUGGAUCUAUGGGAUGGAAAGAGGAAAUUUUUAUAUGUAAUUUUGUCAAUAAAACGUUGACCUGAUUAUAUAACUCAUUUUCAUGAUUCUUGGGAGUAUGGGGAAAUUUAUAGUGUAUUCAUGAAUUUUUGCCCAGCUGUGACUAGAUUAUGCUUGUUACCAA